GACGCCUCAGUGUCCGCUCUCGACGACUCCUUUUUCUUUUUCUUCUCGCACAAGCUACGGAGUACGGACGUCCUCUUCACAAGCACCAGAAAUCCCCGCAGCCGUCGCGAAAUAACAGAAUGUCCAGCCGCCUCAACAUGUCUCUCGACGAAAUUUCCCGCACUAGAACGAGAUCUGAAGGGCGAUAUGGUGUUCCCAGAGGCAGAGGCUCGAGUCAUGGCCCAGGACCGGAUCGUCUGGCUCCAACCCGUGACCAUAUCAGAGCCAACCCGUAUCCUGUGCUGCCGAUGUUCAAUGAGAUGCAGGGAAUGCAAGUGCCGGAAGCACUGUGGCAGCAAGAUUUGACACAAAGUGAAAUCCAUGACUCUGAGGAGGGCACCAAGCUAUACAUAUCCAAUCUGGACUAUAAUGUCACUGAUUCGGAUAUUCAGGUGCUCUUCUCUGAGGUUGGAGACUUGAAAAGUUACUCAAUCCAUUAUGGUAUGAGUGGAAGAUCAAAGGGAACAGGAGAAGUUGUUUUCCGUCGCCAGACUGAUGCCUUAGCAGCUAUCAAGAGAUACAGCAAUGUCCGGCUUGAUGGGAAACCGUUGAAAAUUGAAAUUGUGGGAGUAAACUUGGUUACACCUGCUCCUGUACCACUAAACUUGGGUAGACCUGCUCCUCUACCACUGAACUUGAGUAUACCUGCUCCCAUGGAUUCAUCUGAAAACAUAAUUCCAAGAAAAAGGGCCAAAAUUGCCUCCUCAAGUAUUCGAGAGAAGGUUGGUGCUAGAGAAAUGCAUCAUGGUGGUGGUGGCCGUGGAUUUGCGAGGAACAGGGAACGACAAGAACGCCUUGCCAACAAGUUGACUUUUGCAGAUCUUGAUGCUGAUUUGGACAAGUAUCGCUUACAAGCACUGCAGCAAAAAAAGUGAUACCCCUUCCUACUCAUUUGCUUGAAGAUUAGUCUCUCUAGUUUAUCAAGAUUGGUUGUUUUUUGGCAAUAUUGGAAAAAUGAAACUCACUAAUUGAUAGUUAAUACUAAUAGGAUGCAUCUAGAGAUUGUUCUUUUGAUACGAAGUGCUCAUGAGCGUUUUGUGAUGAUAAAUGAGAUACUGGUAGAUAAAAUAACAUCCCAAUUUUGUU